UGCUUAGUCUUUCCAGGAGUCUGUGCUGAUUGGCGGCAGGGGGUAUCCAGGAGCCAAUCAGAAGUCAGGGAUCUCGGGCUCGGAGGACGGGCUGACCGAGGGGCGGCUGGUACGGCGCGACCUCCCAGCCAGAGCGCGAGACAGCAGCCAGGGUCGAGGGCCACCGGAGAACGGAUCCACCUGAGGACCUCGGGUCGUUGCGGGCAAGACACUUAACCUCUCCGGAUGUAAAUUCCCCCUGUGAAUAAAGUUGAUGUUGCUGGAAGAGGUGGAGGAAUUGGACUAGAUGAUACCAGAGUGUUUCCUGGUCUGUGGCUGAAAACGCACCUUUAGCUUGGUAGUUUGUUUUUCCCUUAGAAAUAAUGUCAAGUGGAGAUGGUCACCAGUCACAGGCUCUCACCAAACCCCCUUUCACUGAGGUACAAGCCUCUGCAUUAGUGGAAUCAGUAUUUGGGUUAAAAGUUUCCAAGAUCCUGCCACUUCCUAGCUAUGAUGACCAAAACUUUCAUGUAUGCAUUUCAAGAGCCAAGGACACUACAGAUGGCCCAAGUGAUUAUGUUCUCAAAAUAAGCAACACCGAGUCCAGCAAAAAUCCAGACCUGGUUGAAGUGCAGAGUCACAUCAUCAUGUUUCUGAGAGUGGCUGGAUUUCCAACAGCCUCUGUGUGUCGCACUAAAGGAGACAACAUAACCUCUCUCGUGUCUGUAGAUAGCGGCUCUGAAGUCAAAAACUACUUGGUGAGGCUGCUGACUUACCUGCCAGGAAGACCCAUAGCUGAGAUACCCAUCAGCCCUCAGCUAUUAUAUGAAAUUGGAAAGCUAGCCGCCAAAUUGGAUAAAACACUGGAGAAGUUCCAUCACCCAAAGUUAAGUUGUCUUCAUCGGGAGAACUUCCUUUGGAACCUGAAAAGUGUUCCUCUUCUGGAGAAACACCUGCCUGCCUUGGGCCAGAAUCGGAAUCGCGAGAUUGUCAGACAGGUCAUUCAGCUGUUCAAGGAUGAAGUCAUGACCAAAUUAAGUCAUUUUCGAGAAUGUAUCAAUCAUGGAGAUCUCAAUGACCAUAAUAUUUUAAUUGAGUCCAGCAAGCCAGCCUUUGGAGAUGCUGUGUAUCAAGUGUCUGGGAUUUUAGAUUUUGAUGACAUGAGCUAUGGCUACUAUGUAUUUGAAGUGGCAAUCACCAUCAUGUACAUGAUGAUUGAAAGCAAGACUCCUAUACAAGUAGGAGGUCAUGUCCUUGCAGGGUUUGAAAGUAUAAUCCCACUGACACCUGUGGAGAGGGGUGCUUUGUUUCUACUUGUAUGUGGUCGUUUUUGUCAGUCCCUUGUCAUAGCUGCAUAUUCUUGUCAGCUAUACCCAGAGAAUGAAGAAUAUCUCAUGAUUACUGCAAAAACCGGGUGGAAGCACUUACAGCAAAUGUUUGACAUGGGCCAGAAAGCUGUAGAGGAAAUCUGGUUUGAAACUGCCAAAUCCUAUGCCUCUGGGAUUUCUAUCUGACUACAUAAAAGUUCACAUUAACUUGGGUAAUUAAAAACCAGGAGGACUAACUCUAAUUCCCUAAAGAUUUUCCCUGCACAGUUAAAAAUGAACUGAUUGUACAGAUCAAUGCACAUGAAACCACUAAGGUCUUCCAGCAAGUUUAUGACCAUUUUUGAAACCUAAGAAAAUACUCCUUGAGCAAGGAUUUUUCUAUGGGUCUCGCUUGCCUUGUGUUUUAAACAGGCAGUGUUAUUCUGAAUCAGAUAAUCUCUCAAGGUAUACUCUAGCCCCAAAAUCAAUCAUUUUUUUUUAAACUUUGAAAGUUUCAGAGUCAUUAUACACACACACACACACACACAUAUAAAAUAACUGGAUUAACAUAUAGACCUAGUUAACCUAACGUCAACUCUGUGAAGCCUUCUCCCAUCUCUUCAUUCUCCAGAAUCACUUUGUACCCUGUCUACCUUAUGGCACAUCACUUGGUAUCAUGGAUUGUGACUGUACAGCCAUCUAGCCUAAGAGCUAUGUGAUGGUAGAAACUUUGUAAAACUUUUGUCUUUCAUCUCUUGCAUCUGAUAUAGUGACUGUCCUAUGGUCUUUAAAAAUAUUUGCAAAAUUAAUGUAUGCUAGAAGAAAGGCUGGAGAAAAUAAGGCACACACUAAGAUGCCUUAGGAGGAAACACAGAUGGUAUUCAUAAGAAAAAGCUUUAACUUGUUUGAGAGGGCAGUUGAGAUAGAUGCCAGAAUAUACUGGAACCGCAAGGAAGCAAAUAAGACCCCCAGGCAAGCCAGUAACUCCUGAGUUACCUCAGUAGUUUUCAAGUCAAUACCAAGAAAGUCCCUAAGCAGAUAUUUUAAAAUUUUCUCCUACUUAUGUUUCUUUUCAUAUGAAUACGUAAUACUGAUGAACAUAGCCCAUGUAUACUUGACUUUAAUCAUACUACUGUAUUUCCUUCGCUGGUUUCUCUUCAUGCCCCCUUAGUAUGAUUUAGUAAAUAGCUGUUUACUCA